UAUACAAUACAUAUUGCAGGUAUGACACGUGAGGUUAUUUUCGUUCUCCAUAUCAUUCAUUUUUACUAUAAACCUUUGGUAGUCGGAAGCAACGAUGUGCGUUUAUUCUUGCAUCUUCAUCGUCAGACCGUCCUCUGUUUUCUCAUUCUUCCACGAAAUUUGCACGUCAUGAGAUCUGGUUUUCGUUGUCCUAUAAUUCGAGAAAUCCGCCAGUGGUGACUUUUGAAGACGUUGCGUUGUAAUCCUUACGCGACGCCGCCGUCAGGCGAUAAUCUCUAUCGCAUAUUCGCCGUUUUCGAUUACUUGACGAUCUCUGCGUCUUGAGAUCUGUAGAGCACUUGCCAAAUUAACUGACUCCACAGCCAUUCAGCAUCCCUCGCGUCACUAUCAAAGAAUAUAAUGGCGACCACACAGCAAUUGAACAGAAGUAGAACACUAAGGAAACUUGAGAAGCCCAGACCUCUGAAGCUUACACAGCAUCGCCAUACGACCGUCGACGGGCGGAUCACGACUGUCGAGGAGAUAGUUUCCUUGAUCGACAAUGUUGCGAUACAUCUAUCGAAUGGCUACUUCGACAGAACUCUGCAGAUGAACGUCAUCACGAUGUGCAAUCACCUCAAGCUCCAUGCACACCAAUUGGAAGCUAUUUACAAGGAUCAACUUGACAGAGCUUUUGUCGCUAUCAGAAACGGUAGUCAAGAUGAAAGGCUUGACGUCACGACUAGAGUUCACUUGCUGGAACUGAUUGAACUCAGAGCAAAACAAUGGCGUCACACAGACGCGAUGGAUUCCUAUUAUUGCCACAAACUUUCCCACCUUGACAGUCAAGGAGAUGUGCCGCUGACCCCAGAUACGCCCACAAACUUGUUGACCUCUAACUUGAUGCCAAUGCCAUCACCGACCGCUCCGCCAAUCCUCGGACCCGGCGAAGUUAUAAAGAACAGCGGUAAAUUUUCGAAACCGACCCGCAUACCUGGAAAAAAUUACUGCAAGGAUGAAGUUGUGAUACGCAACAGCGACUCUGGGAAAGUGAUGGGAAUAAAGGGGAGACGAGUUCACAUGAUUGAGGAGCUCAGCGAGACAAUCAUCUCCUUCCAGCGAGUGAACCCUGGAGCCAAAGAACGACUUGUCCAAAUAACCGGAACCUCCGAGGACAAGAUAAACUACGCUAAGGACCUUAUAAAAGAUACUAUACAGCGAAACGCAUCCCCGGUGAGGCUGGAGCAGGGUGGAAGCGACAAGAGUGGAAUAGGCGGAUCCAGCUCUUCGCUGAACAGCAGCGCGUCAGACGAGAGCAACAGGCUUCAGCAGCAGCAGCAGCAAGCCUCCCGUUUCCGCUCCACCCUGCUCCACAGUUUUUCCACCAACGACGCCAGCAUUGGCGAGUACAAAUAUACAGUCACAGUUGACAACCAUUCCCUCAAGAUCACUGGAUCUAAUCUUGAUCUCGUUAAGACCGCUAAACUGGUACUUGAGGAAUAUUUUUCUGGUGAUUCUGAACACUUUGCCAGUGGCGUUGAAUACUUCAGUUUCGAGGAGGAACCAGCUUACGCUCCCGUUACUCCGACGACUCUGCACACUCCAAUUACUCCAGGCGGAUUGAACACUGUCGGUCGUAAACUGAGCCUAGACAGUGCAGCUACUUCAGAAAGUGAGGAAACGUACAAACCUCGUCCCAAUUCCCAGCUCAGUCCCGCUGCUGCAGUCGAGAGCAGAGAGCUCACGUACGAGUUUCUGCUGCAGUGCUCCGCAGGCCCGUAUGCAAAACGAGCUCCGGCCGAUUGGGCUAGAAUCCAAAAGGACUGUCCGAGCAUUGUUAGAAAGGUACAACAACAACAACAACAGCAACAACAAGAACAACGCGACAACAACUACGACAAUCACUAUUCAUUGUCAAACUGCUCAAUAAUCGCACCGCAUUCUGACGCUAACAAUCGCUAUAACAAUCAAAAUGUAGCUUAUCACUUCGACAAUAAUCAACAGAACAACUGCAGGUGGUUUGAAAAUCGCAAUUCUCAUUCAGCCACGAUUGCAGUUCGUCAGUACUGAAUUAAAAUACGCGGGACACUGAUUCGGUAAUGGAGAGGGAAUAACAAACUACUAACAUAGCUCGAUAUUAACCAUUAACAAUUAUCCUAACAAUGUGCAAAAUGUUUUUUUUUUCUAUUCUUGAAGAAAAAGAAUUCCUAAAGAACUUUGCUCAGAGAUUGAAGGUAACAUUUUUUUUUUCUUUGGCAAUGAAAUUAGGCCUUUGUCCUUAAUUACUUAGCCACGAAUCGAGUUCUUGGCAGUUUCUUUCAUUGCCUAUAAUUCGAUAACUGUGUAUGUCAAUAAGUUGAAACAAGAUUCAAAAUAAAGUUUAAAGUUUUAGCUUUAUUUUGAAAUCUUUAAGAAAACUCUGGCGUAUUCAGUCUUUGACUUAUGAGAUGAUUCAAAUAUGUUUUUAAGAACUCGUGUAUAGGACUAUUUUUCAGCUAAAACUCGGAAGUUGAUUAGUUGAGGAUUUUGAACGAAGUGAUAAAUAAACCGUAAAGUCUUGAGUAUCGUUUUGAGCUUCGUUCAAAAUUUCUGACAGAUUUGGAUUCCAGUUUAUGGUCUAUCAGAUAGAUGAAAUACUUGUUACAAAAAUUUUGCGCUUAUACAACCCUAAUUUCAUCUCCGAUUGUUUUUUUUUUCCUUCUGAAUUUUGUCAACCUGCUCAAUUUUUACUGGUUUAAAUUAUGGCAAGUUGGUUUGAAAAAUGCAAUAUUUGUACGUCAUUUUUAAGGCGAUAAUCAAUCAGACGGGAGAAAUAAGACAAAGAAGAAAGGACCUAUGAGAAGAUUAUAAAAGUGGUUUGUGUUUAAUUAGAGGAUUUAUUAUCGACAAGGAAAAUCGUCGAAAAGAACAAAAAUCUAAGCCAUAGAAGAGUGUUACAUAUAUUACGGUAUAUUGGAAUUGCAUUGAUUGCAUUUCAUAUAAUUCUUUCGGUUCGUUAUUAUUA